UUUGUUUAGACCGGAGCAGUUACGACAGUGCACCACAUAAAACCAUUUGGAGCACAGUAGGAGGUGUGUCGGCAGCAUCGAUCUUCGCUGAGAUAUAUGUAAGCAAAUGUAUUGGAGAUUCUGCUGUUCGAAGACCAUGAUUGAUCAGCCAUGGAUCAGAUCACCUUUGAUUAUAAUACUGUGCUGUCAGAUGUUCACAUGCUCCUGCCCAAUUCACGUCACCUCAUGACACGCCUCAACAGUGUUGGACAGCCUGGUAGGUUUAUAUACAUUUUCACCUCCAAAUUUGAGAUUUUGUCUGAUACUGAAAGGCAUGACCAAAAGGAUUCUCUAACAAAGGAAAACAGUGACACUGAGACACAAGUCGUGAAACAAAAGGACGGAGAAGAAGUUGGUGAAAGCACUGUUGAAUCUGGAUUGGACGAGGAUGGAGAUUUUGACAUCACACGUCGACCCAGGAAGAAUACUACAGGGGAUUGCCACCGAGACAUUAUCUGUCCUGUCAUUCUCAAACAAUCCAACACGUCCACUUUGCUCCAAGAAUUAGAUGCAGAGGAUGAGGCAGAUGACAGCUUUGAUGGCGUUAUACGCAUCGAGCAUACUAUGGCAACACCCCUGGAGGAUGUCGGCAAACAGGUUUGGAGAGGGGCAUUCCUCUUGGCUGACUUCCUCCUCUCCAAGCCACUCAUGUUCAAAGCGGCGACUGUUAUAGAGCUAGGCGCUGGUACUGGUUUAACCAGUAUCAUCAUGGCCACCAUUGCCAAACGAGUCUACUGUACAGAUGUUGGAGAGGACCUUUUGAGCAUGUGUAAGAAAAAUAUAACUUUAAAUGAAGACAUGAUCGAGCGUGCAGGUGGUGAAGUUAGAGUGAAACAGUUGGAUUGGCUCAAGUCUGACCUUUGCACAGAUUCCGAUGUGGAAUUUAGGUGGACAGAGGAGGAAGUUGCAGACAUACAUGACAAUGCUAGCUUCAUCAUUGCUGCUGAUGUUUGCUACGAUGACGAUCUGACAGAUGCCCUGUUUCGUACAAUCUAUAGACUGUGCAGUAACUUCGUACACGCCUGCACCAUUUUCAUCUCUCUGGAGAAAAGGUUGAACUUCACCAUCCGAGAAAUGGAUGUGUCCUGUGAGGCCUACAACCAUUUCAGACACUGUCUGUCCCAACUUGAGGACCUGGUGGACGGACAGUGCAGCUAUACUGUAGAACAGCUUCCUUGUACUUUCCCCCAGUUUCUUCGGUAUGAACGCAUAGAGCAACUGGAGCUGUGGAAGGUGACUACCAAGAGAGUCCCAGCUGACCAAGCAAAGUCUUGACCUGCACCUGCAACACUACCCUCUCCCAAUAACUUUUUUCAAUGCCUAAGUUUCAGGUGUUUUGCUGGGUAUUUGCAUCUACGACUGGGCAA